UGUAUGUAUACAUAUAUUUGUUUCUUUCAUCUCUUUGUUUCUAUUUAGUUCUGUUUUGUCUUCCUCUUUCCUUUUUGGGAAGAGAGAGAACAACAAUUUGUUUUGGUAUAACCACUCAGUAUCCAAUACCUACUGAACCAACUAAUUUGAAUUCUCGUUUCUAGGGCCCGUUAAAAGGAAAAGCCUACCCUACCAAGAAUUUCUCCAUUUUAAGGUCUUGAGCCCGAGAUAUCUCUAAUUAAGGGUUGAGGGAUCUCGUCGAUGGAAAAUUUUCAUGCUAAAGAUGAAGUAUGUGUUGCUACAAAUGAUAGAAAUAUGAAAGCCGAGUCAAUAACUUUGUCUCCUCUUCACGAAGGAAUAUCGAAGCUAUUAUCUCAAUGGCCAGGAUUGCAAAUGGCUAUUGAAAAUGAAUGGGGUGGUCAAGAUUCUCCUAAAAAAUCAAAACAACUUUCCUCUGAUAUUUUUUCUUGCCUUUCUCAAUCAAAUGCAGCAGCGGUUGGUGUAGAGGACGUAGAGAAUAUGCUUUACGAAAGGUUGCUACUUUCUUUCAACACUGACAUUGAUGAUGGAAGCAUUGAGGAGGUUGCGGAGCAAUUAAUGACUCUUCGUGAGGAAUAUGUUCAAGGGAAAUCAUCUUACACAACCAAGAAAUAAUUGAAUGGUACAAUAUUCAACAUUUUCAAUGUCAAUUAUUCAAAAUUGGAGUAUAUAUUUGAUUUUUAAAGCAAACUAAGUGUAGCA